AUGUAUUCCCAAAUUCCUAUUUCACCUACAUUAAGAACAAAAUACAAUUCAGGUAACCAAGAGGGCCAGAGGAAAAUAAAUAAUGUUAGUGAUAUGAAUAUAUCUACCAGUCCAUACUCAAAUAAUAUGGCAACUACAAACUUAGAUGGAUAUGGUGCAUUUGACAAUAUCAAUAGAGAUUCUGAGUUUAAUAAACCAAAUAUUCAAAAAUCUAGCUUUAUGAAUGGAAGUUUUAGACCAUCUUCCAGUAAUACUAAUAUGAAUAACGGAAUUAAUGUAGAUAUUGAUGCAAAUAAGCCAGAUAUGGGUAGAUUUCUGGGGAAUUUGAGUGCGAGUACAACGGUUAAUCAAAAUCAAACAAACAGUACUUCUAUUAAUACUCCUGUUUCAGCCUUCCCACCACCAUCUAUUCCAUUUCAGAAUAGCUCCUCAAAAUCUGGAGGGUUUCGAUAUCAUUCUCCAAAAAAUGCAAGACCCACUCAACCUCUUAAUAAUUUACAGUCUGUAAGUCACAUUUCCAAGCCAUUUAUUCAAAAUUCAAACAAAAAUUCUAAUUUUCAAAAUAUACCUAUUCCGCCUCCCCCAAAAGUUCCAUUUUCAGAUUGUGCCAACACUGAUGAUGAUUCUUCAUUCAACAGGAAAAUGCAGGAUAACAAAGAAAGACUUGAACAAUUAAAUAUUUCUCGAACAAUGCUAACAUCAAUGGGCUCUCCUUCGAAUGAUUACCAUCAUUCAAAUUCUCAAAAUAAAUCUCAGGAAAUCAGGACUCACAACCAGUUCCAAGGUGGAAGAAAUUCAGUGUCUCAUAUUGGAAUUCAAGAGCCUAAUUCUAAUAAGAAUAUAAGCAGGCCGAACCCAAAAUUACCACCAAAAGUUCCAGGUAUUAGUUCCAACAACAAAUUCAAAUUAAAUAUAUCCCAACCAGCUCAGAAUAGUCAAAUUAGCCUUGAUGUACCCGAAAUUCCCAUGAAAAAUAUGGAUAGCAAUGCGGAGAGAAACAUGGUUGGGUUGAAAGAUAUUGCUAGACCUCCAACUGCACCUACAUUUUUUCCUUCAAAUAAAUCAAACCUCGAUAAUGUUGCUACAAACAGUAAUAAUAGCUCAAAAUUUCCAUCCCAAGCUCAGAAUGCUAUACCAGUAAUCCAAAGUUCCUUCUUUUCGUCAGAUCUCCAAGUUGACUCUAGAAUUUCUCUAACUCCAAAUCAAAUACAAUCAGCUGUCCGUCCGCCUACUGCCCCAAAUUCUAUAUCUAAAUCUUCAUCUUUACCCAAAGUUGACCUACUUAUGAAUUUGAUGGAUAAAACGGUUGAAAAUAAACGUAAAGAAUUUGAAAAACUAAACAAGCUCAAGUCAGCAUUAUCUGAACUUGGUGACUUCAAUAAAAAACUUUUGGAAGAAAAUACAAGAUUGAAGAGUGGAAACAAUAGUUCGAAUCUACAAGAAAUUAGUUUGUUGUCCAGAGAUCUACCAAACAACUCUGUUGAAUUCACCAACAGCUAUCAAACACCAAUGAGUGAUACUAUAAAUUCUUUCAUUCCUGAUACCCAAGAUCCUGAAACCCAGAUCAACUCUCUUAAGACAAUUAUAAAUAAGAAAAAUCAACGAAUUUUGGAGUUAGAGAGAAAAAUAUCAAAUGUAGGAAGUAAAGAAGAUAUUUCUGCAAAAGAAUGUGAUAUUACUUAUUCUUUGCUCCAAAGACUAAAAGAUAGGGAUGAGUGUAUUAACAGCACUUUAGAGGAAAUUCAAGGGUCUUGUUUUAGUUCCAUUAUUGACCGGGUUGAUAAUUGUAUUUCAAUCCUUACAGAAAAAAACUAUGGAAAAUUGAAAACUAUGGCAAAUGACGUUUUAAAUCAAAUAGAAUUCAAUUAUAAAGCUUUGAGUGUAACUCUUGAACAUUUGUUUGAACAACAGAGUUCAACAUUGGAGAAUAUUAAGCAUGAUGGAAAAGUGGAUACACAAUUAGAAAGUUCCAACUUGCACAGUAAAUUGAAUUCUAAGGAAUAUAAUACUCAAGAGAUUGAUUUGAGUCCAAAAGUAAAUACCAUAAGCAAUAGUCCUAAGAAGAAUUUUGAUAACACUUUUAUCCAAGAAAACAACCAAAGCAUUCUGAAUUCUAGAGAAAAACAGGGGUUCAAAAGCUAUUCAAAUAGUGGCGAUGAGUUUCCUCCACAAAAAACCGUUGAAAAUAACAUGGAAAAAAUGAAGUUUUCUGAUGAGAAUAGAAAUAUUGAGCAAAAUAAGGAAAUUAGCAUUCCUCAAUGCAUUAAAAAUAGCAGUACAGAGGUCAAUUAUAAUUAUAAAGUUAUUCCAAAUCAACAUCAAGAACCUAAUUUAUAUCAGAACAGUAUAUUUAAUCAGGAAACUCAAGAUCAAAACAGUGAAUUUGUUCAGAAUCAAAACCUCAACAUUGUGAGUGGCGUUCCUCAAGAUAUAUUAAUAAAUAAUCACACUACUGGCCAUUUUUACGAGCUUAAUAAGGGUGAGGGUCAUUCAUCUUCAGCUCACAGAGUGGAGCAAGAAGACUCAUGUCAUCCAACUUUUAAUACUCAACACCAAGGACUUCAUAAUGAUUGUUUUGGCCAAUAUGAAGGAGACAAUAUUGACCUAGAAAACGAGAAUGCUCAAGAGGAAGGAAUUGAUUAUGUGGAAGGCAUUCCUCCACCAAUAUUCGCAGCAUACAAUGAAGGUAUUGGCUCUGAAAAUAAUGAUAUUUUCUCUAUGAACCCGAUAUUAAGUGCAGAUGGAGUAAACUUUGAAAACUAUUCGCACUACCAAGUUCCAGCGAAUUAUAGUAAUAUUUAG